AAACCCUUCUUUUUCGUUAGCUAUAUAUAAUCACAAAAACCCUUGAUUUCAUUUCAAUCUUUCCCUAGUCACUCUUAACUCGAUUUCCCUCCCAAAACCCUGCCUCUCUUUUUCAUUUCUUCCGAUGGAGUUUUGGGGUGCUGAAGUUAAGGUUGGGGAGGUUGUUAAGGUCGACCCAAGUGAAUUUGAGGCAUGCAUACACCUUUCUCAGGCUGCUCUUGGUGAGGCAAAGAAAGACAAAGGAAGUGAACCUGUGUUUCUUAACUUGAAAGUUGGUGACCAGAAACUUGUUUUGGGAACCCUUUCCAGGGAGAAAAUCCCUCAAAUAUCUCUUGAAUUAGUUCUGGACAAGGAGUUUGAGCUUUCCCACAAUUCGAAGAAUGCCAGUGUCUAUUUCUGUGGAUACAAAACAUUUUAUGCUGGUGAUGAGAGUGAGGAGGAUGACUUUACUGAUAGUGAUGAAGAUCUGCCACUGACUAUAACAGAGAAUGGAAAACCUGAAACAAAAGCUGAAGACUUAAAGGUUUCUGAAUCUAAAAAACCUAAUGCCAAGAUUAGUGCAUCAGCAAAACAAGUAAAGGUUAUUGAUCCAAAGAAAGAAGAGGAAUCUGAUGAUGAAUCUGAUGAAGAUGAUGAAUUUGGAAGUUCUGAUGAUGAGAUGGAGGAUGCUGAUAGUGGAAGUGGUGAGGAGAGCGAGAGUGAUGAAGAUGAUGAUGAAGAGACUCCUGCUAAGAAGGUGGAUCUGGGAAAGAAGAGGCCCAAUGACUCUGCAUUAAAAACUCCAGUUUCUACCAAGAAAGCCAAAAAUGCUACUCCUGAAAAAACUGAUGGGAAGAAAACUGUACGUACAGCAACUCCUCACCCUAUGAAGAAAGGUGGAAAGACUCCCAACAGUGAAGCCAAGGUCCAGACUCCCAAGUCUGGCGGACAAAUCUCUUGCAAAAGUUGUAGCAAGUCUUUCAACUCUGAAAGUGGUCUGCAACAACAUAAUAAGGCUAAGCAUGGUGCUGAGUGAUAUUGCUUUUUAACUGAUUCAUGUAUUUUUCGCUUACGUAUUACAGUGAGUAUUCUAAGGACAUUAGGUAUCUGUCCUUGCUUUUUGGCCUAGCAAACCGUGAAGUUUUAAGGUGAAUGCAUGUUUUGGAAGUUUUGUCUGACAUUGCUUGUCCCGUGUGGAUGAGUCAUUUUUUUUUUU